CUGUCAUCGUUCUCGUCUCCAUCCACUUUCCAAAUAUUGGAAUAUAUACCUGAUAGACAGACUAGACUACCAUGUCAUUCUCACAGACGAGACAAUUCGGGAGCUGGCAGUAUCUCUGUCAGGAAUCACCUUCAUUAGCACCUUGCAAUCUAUUUUUUAAACAAAUACUUAGUUUGGGUGAUAGAGGUGAAGACAUUUUAUUCUCAAACCCUGCGUUCAGCCUCCUGGAUGACAGACUAGAUGGUGCAGGCGUGGGCGUACGACCACAUUGUUUCAUAACCAGAGCUUCAGUUCAAGGUGGCCUAGGAAAUAUUGCUCAGAUAGUUUGCACUGCAUUAUGUCUCGUUUUUUCACUCAUUCUUUUUGCGGCUGCCAAGCGACGCGUCGCGGCAGUCGCCAGAAUCGAAUUCGCGACCUUGAUUGGCUUGUGGAGUCUUAUAGAUGUACUUUCAUUAUUAACAACUGGUGGAUUUCUACAACAAGGUACAGAUUAUCUCGUUUGGAUCACUGCCAUACAAAUGGGCUUCAGAUCUGCAUGGUUUUGGGCGCUACUUGUUAACGGAUUCAACAGUACGCAAUUGCUUGAGGACGGUACUCCAGCAUCUAUAGGUACUCUCUGGACUGGCGGCAUUGCUUUUUUCGUUGGCACAGCCUAUAUUGCAGUAGACACAGCUUUCAAUUGGAGUGGACGACUUCCACCAUCAAGUCCACCAGAAUAUCUCAUUAGUAAUGGCCUAUUCGUUCUACUGCUACUCUGGCCAAUGAUUGCUACUUUCUUAUUUACAGCACUCAUGAUUUACGUCAUCUUUUUCCUACUAAAAGAAACCCUACCUGCUUUCUGGUAUGCGAGCUCGCUGCUGACGUUCAUGCUUUCGCAGGCCGCAUUAUUCGCAUUAGGAUACACGAUAUGCGAUGGUAGUAACUCACGCGUUGACGGCGCAUUUGUCGCUACUCUCCUAGAAGCUAUCAGUCUGGGUUUCUUAUUCGGUGGGUGGCGAAGCAUCACAGAGGAUAGCUGGUAUGCCUACGAAGGUGCUCAAGAACCAGUGUACCCGAAACAUGCUAUUUUAUAAUGAUAGAAAAGAACUACAGUGAACACUUCUUCUAACCCUGCUUCACUCCUUUGAAAUUCAAUAACGGACAAUGUUUUUCAUCAAAUUCUCAGUCUAGUAUCUUCUUGUUUAUAUUACUACCAUCAGUCGCUUUUUAUUUCAUAAAAUUUUAAUACUGCUUGUAACAUUAAAUAAUGAACUAUUUAUUCAUCUUCAAACUAUUACAUAAGCUUUUUGAGUUUGUCUGAAUCCUUUUCAAGUUUGUUGACUGUCAGUUGAGCGCUAUGUAUUUGUCUCAUGAGGUACUCUGCUCUUAAUUGAGUUGCCUGAGGUGAUUUGAAUGAUGAGAGGAAAGAUGAAUCACUUAGACCUAUAUUUUUGAGAUCAAGAAGCUCAUUUUCCCAUUUUCUAAUUUGUCCCUCUUUGUAUUCUCUCUUUAGCUUGUUAGAUGUAAC